AUGAUUAGAAUAACAAGAUCAUAUGCUAGUAACUUGGGAUUAAGACUUUUAUCUCUGAAUUCGAAGUGGAAUAAACCAUUUGAUUUCACUAAUCUUAAUUCCAAUAAAUCUGCUGAACCUUUUGAUUUGGAAAGUUUAUUAGUUAGGGGUACCUCGGGCGAAGGAACUUCAAAGAAAUCAUCAGCUUUCAGUGGUCCUGAAAAGAAUGCAAUACAUAAUAACAGAUUUGUUAAUAUGUUUGACAAAACUACGCAGACCGGUAAUAAACAUGUACAUAAUAACGACGGGAGUGAAAAAUUUAAGGAAUUUAACCAGAAGCAUAAUAAUAAGAAACACAGAAACCAAAGAAGUCAUGGUGACAGAAGAAAUCAUAUGGAUACGAAAAAAUCGCCUAGGAAGGCGUUGAGGUUUCAAAUAAGUACAGGUUCUGACCAAGCCCAAAAUGCUCUUAAGGAUUUAAUAUCGAAGGUACAUAUGGUGAGCAAAUCUUACAAGGUGAAAUUUGUAAAUCCCCAGAACAAUAAGUUAGAGCAAAAACAUUUGGUUGAAAUUGUGAAUGAUCUUGAUCUUGCUGAAAAUGGGUUGUUUAUGGUUGCACCCUCAAAGGAGGGAGACUUACCAUUGGUUAAGACAAAUAAGGUGUUCGAGAUGAUUAAACACUAUACAACCGAACUUGCAACGCAGAGAGAAAAGGAGCUAUUGGAAAAGGGUAGUAUAGCUGCACAGAAGGCAAUCAGACAGCGGGACAGAGCUGAGAAGAAAAAGUCUGCAACAAAGAUUCUUACCCUUUCGUGGAAGAUAAGUUUGAGUGAUUUAAAUAAUCAAAAGAAAAUGGAAAUUAAAAGGAGAAUGAACAAAGGAGAAAAGUUCAUCCUUUAUAUUGGUGAUAAAAGAAGUUUGUAUUCUGCCAGAAAAUCGGUAGAUAAAGAAGGUGGCAUAGUUGAAAACAUGAAAGAUACGACUGCAGUGAAUGAAGAAGAACUGGAAGAAGUAGUAAAUGUUAAUGAUCCUUCUGAUGUAGAUUUUGAAAUAAAAAGACGCCAUAUGAUCAUUGAAGAACUCCAAAGCAUCUUGGAAGAAUGUGAAUGCCAAUUUGAUAUUAGCGGUCACAUUGAUUCGAGAAUCAUGGUUUCAUGUGCACCUCCGAUUGCCACGACUAAACCAAACGAAGGAAAUCUAGAAGAGAAUUCGUCAAAGGAAUUGAAAAAACAAAAAAAAUUAAUGAAACUUAAAAAGCUUGAAGAAAAGAAACAGAAGAAGACUAAAGUUGAAGAAGAUUUGGACUCAUUGUAUCUGUUCAAAAUUGAAGAUUAG